AUGAUGGACAAAUGCAUUGGCUUGGAAUACGACCUAUUUCACGUUGGACUUGUCGAAUAUGAUGGCAAAGCAGCAAAUAUUUUAAUCAAUUUAAAAUCAUAUGAUCCUUCAAGUCUCAGAAAAGAAAUAAAUAAAAUCAAACCAUCAUUAAAUUCUGGAGAAAAAAUUCAAAAGCCACUAGAAUUGAUCUAUGAUGCGUAUCGUCAUGGAGGGAAUAUUUCGGCCAAUGGAAUAAGGAAAUUCGCUACAACAACACUGGUUUUUAUUACCGAUACCGCGGAAGAUAUGAAUAUUGCGGAUAUUAAUGCAGCCAAAGAAUUGCUUCAAAAAUGGUCCAAGCAUGAUUGCAGAAAAUCGCCAGCAAUGGUGCUUAUUCAUGUCGGAAAUUAUUCCUUAAAUAAAGCAUCAGUCGACCUUUUUGGUGGACAGAUAAGUGUGAAUGAAGGCGAAUUCAAAUCCUGGAACAAUAUUAAUACGAAAAAUCACCAAUCAGUGAACGCUAUAAACGCGGCUAUACGUAACAUUUGCAGGCAAAAUCCUACAGCUUUUGCAGAAUGUCAUGACCUUUGCGACUGUUCUAACGGAUUACCAACAGCUUUUAGCUGCCGAAGAGCACGAGACAAAUAG